UCACCACCCGCUGCCGAAGACUGAAGUAGAAUGAUCUCACAUAAUUUUCGCGUUCGCUCCUGUCCUGUCCUUUUUUUGUCUCUCUCCCCUUCUCUGGAAGGAGACGUGAAAUGAGCAUGACUGUGCGUUCUCGUGGCCAUAGCAACACCAGAAGAAAACGUUCUCACUGGAAGCUCUCAAAACUUGCUAAAGCUUUCAGCCUGGUUUGUAUAGGCCUACUUUCCGGUGGACAUCUGGAGAAGUUCGAGUUAUAGGCUACGAGUUCUAGGCUAUCAAAACUAACCAGUCGUGUACGAUGCCCAUUAGGACAAUUCCAGUUGUUCACAGCUUGGCAGUGAUUUCCCAAUCACAUCAAAAGGAUCUCCAGGCACGACUCAUCAGGAGGUCUGAAGUCUCCAAAGAAGCUAUAAACACCACGAGUUUUCAUGCUACCAAAAACCCAUUUGAAAUAACAGAAGAGUUUAUUGAACAUUUCAACCAUGCGCAGAGUGGUCAGGAUCAAGAAAAGUACAUCGGACUUGCCAACCAGCUCCUCAAUGGCAUCAAGCGUCGAGCCGGACUAAAGUCCAUGGGAGAAGGGAACCAUGUUGAACUUCCUCUUGCCUGGAGAGAGCUGCUCUGGCUGAGAUUGUGUAAUGGACAAAUACAAAAUGCUGCCUUGGAUGCCCUUUUGGUGUCUCUGGAUCAGGCACCACUGCAUACUGAUCAGAUCCCUGUUCUGUUUUACCUGGGGGAGUCAGUGCUCUACACAGUGUGGUCGGAUGCCUCGUCUAAACCCAACCUGUACACAUGUGAAAUGAAGUUGCUCAAGCUUGGAUAUUUGGUGUUUCUCAGGCUGUUUCUCUUCUAUGUGGCAGAGAACCUGAUUGGAUAUGAGGACAGUAGAGCUCAUCUUCGCAGUUUUCUAAGCGCUCUGUCACAUUGUGAGGCAUGCUAUCAUCAAUUUCCGGACAUUUCAUUUGCUGUGAACUUCAUGAUACAUGUCGGACAGAUAAUAUGUGGAAGAAAAACCAGCAGUCAGGAUUUGGAGCAGCAGGUCAGUGCAACAGAAGCUCAGGAGUACGAGGUGAGCCAUUUCCUGUGGCAGUGUCUGCUCUGCUGGUAUUCGGUGCAGCACAGCAUCCCUCAGCUGCCCCAGGUGAUGGAGCACCUCUUCCUGCAUAGAGACCAGAUGCUGCAAGACAACUGGGUGGACGGUAGCUUGGGACUCCUGGUGCUCGGUGAGGCGGCUAAGACCAGCAUGCUCUGCCUGCAGGCCCUAAUGAGCCUUCAGACGAGGCAGAGGCAUGAGAGCGGCUCGGUAGUGGAGAAGGGUGGGACGGCACCGAGGGCCGCCUGGCCUUGGCAGUUGGAGCAUACUUAUUGCGGUGUGUUGGCCGACGUUUGCCUGCAAAGCAAGAGUGCGGAGAUACAGAAAGUGGCACUAGUGGGUCAAGCAAGCCAGCCUGGACAGAGAGACCCCGGAGGACUGCUGUCUCUCCUGAACCUAUCAGGGGACGAGGGGGACUGGAGGCUGCGCUACAGCGCGGUGCAGGCCGUGGCCUGCGUGUGCCAGGGAGUCGAGCCCCGGGGAGGACUGAGGACCGUUGCCUGGCUGGCCCUCCAGGAGCAGCUGAGCCACACGCCGGACGAGAGCGUCCGCACAGCCAUGACACUCAUGGAGGCUUUGGUGGGUGCUUUGGACAAACCCCUUCAAUCUGAGGGGGCACGGAGCCCGUCCAGCCCUCCAGCCGCCCCAGCGUGCGAGCGCCUCAUCUCCUACCGGCUAGUGCACUUCCUGUCGUGCCUCUACCUCCCCCCGACCCCCCACGAGCUCCCCGUCCACUACCAGCUGUACAGCGGGCCUAGGAAACGCGUCCUACAGAAGUCUAAACCUGAAGACGGGCAGGUGUCGCCCCACAGGAUCCGUUUUAAGACCCCUGUGCCAGCGCCAAAGGUGGACAGUGCACUUCAGACACCAAGAUCAAGUCAGAAACAACAAGCUCCCGGGGACUUUGUGACCCGUACAGACAUAGAUCUGUGGAAAGUCGUUGAGGAUCAGUGGCAGAAGGAAUUGCAAAUCAAAAUAGCGGAGGAAGAGGAGAUUGAAAAGGAAGAAAUGGCCAAGCACCAGAAAAAAGAUGAGGAGAAGUUUAAAGACAUCAUGGCGAGGCGAAAGGAGAUAUUGAAAAAGGACACUAAACCCUAUGAAUUCUGUGCGAAAAUACAAGACUGAAAUUGCAGUUGAGUUCAGUGUUUUUACAUUAGUAUAGAAUUAACUAUAUAUUAGAUGUCCCAAUUAUGAUUCUGAUAGAGAUCUCCCAACUUGAUUUGUCAUAUUAUUAUUGACUAAAUGUGUAAAGUAUAUUGGCUUACUCAUCAGAACGUAUUUCUCCACAAUGAUGAGCAAGCCGUAUUGUUAAGGCCUACAAGAAGGUAAAAUCCAAGUUUAUCCAAGAAAUGUUCUGAUAUUCUAGCCGGAUACAUAUUUAUACACAGAUUUAUACACUCUCUUGUGCUCUUAAGUCUGCAAAACAUAUGGAGUUGGUAUUCACUGCAACCAUCCUAAACCUCUGUACGGGGACUGUUUAAUAA